AUGAGAAUUACAGUCAUCUUCUUAAUCUCACUUCACCUACCCCUUUUCGUCACUUCAUCUCGAUCAAUCCGCCCACCCGACCCGCAAUGCACCCGACCCGACCCCAACACCCUCCGCUCCGACCAGAUGACCGUCAUCAUCAACGGCUUCUCGGAGCACCGGAUCCCGCUGCUCCGCUCCAUCACCGCCGCCUACGCCGCCUCGCCCUCAGUCGCCCGCGCGCCCUCCGCCAGCCUCAAUCACCGAUUCCACCCCUGGGCGAUAAUCAGAACCCGAGCCGUCCUCAUCUGCGACGACGACAUCGAGCCCGACCCGAAUUCCGUCUCCUUCGCCUUCAAGGUGUGGGGAUCCGAUCCGGAUCGGGCGGUCGGGUUCUUCGCCCGCUCGCACGCGUACGACGUCGCGUCGAGGGCGUGGAUCUACGCGAUGGAGACGGAGAAGUACUCGAUCGUCCUCACCAAGUUCAUGAUCGUGAGCGUCGCCUACCUCGAGAUCUACUCGUGCGACGCGCGGUACGCGGCGGCGAGGGAGAUCGUGGAUGAGAUGAACAAUUGCGAGGAUAUCUUGAUGAAUUUCGUGGUGGCGGAGGAGAGCCGGAAGGGGCCGGUGAUGGUGGGGGCGAGGGGCGGCGGAGUUAGGGAUCACGGCGACGCGAGGAACGACGGCGCGGGGGCGGGGGUGAGGGAGGUGGGGCUGAGCAGUAGGAGGGUGGAGCACAGGAAGAGGAGAGGAGAGUGCAUAACAAGGUUUCAUAGGGUUUUGGGGAGAAUGCCAUUGAAGUAUAGCUAUGGGAAAAUGGUGGAUGAUGUUGGGGAACAAGGCUUGUGUGACAAGAGUGGGAAGCUGGUGCUUUGUGAUCAUCAAGAUUUCAGGCAACAAUAACCAUGGAAACUCUUCCAAUGAAGUCAAAUUAAUACCCGCUAAAGAUGGAGCUCCCCUUACACAUCUGAAUUGGAAAAAACAAGGAGGGAGAGAGAGAGAGUGAGGAUGUUCAUCUCUGAGAGAGAAG